AUGAGGCGUAAAAAUCUUAGAGGCCAAAGGACGAUUGGAUUGCACAUAAGAUGUGUCGAGGUAAGACGUUACCCGUUCAUUAAAUUACGGUUUUCUAAGAAACUGUCCGACAAAAUGAAUGCCUCUAAUCCUCUUUCUCGUAUAUUGGAAUCUAAUCGUUUAACCGGCCCUAAUUUCCAAGAUUGGCUUCGUAACCUAAAAAUCGUUUUAGGUAUUGAAAAGCUUGAUAAUGUUCUUCAAACUCUAAUUCCCGAGCUUACCGCUGAGGCCACAUUUGAAGAAGUUGAGGAGAGAGACAAGUGGGUUAAUGAUGACCAGCGUGUCAAAUAUUACAUGCUGGCCUCUAUGUCAAAUGAGCUGCAACGACAGCAUGAGAACUAUGCUCGAGCAUAUGAGAUGCUUGCGCACUUACAAGAGUUGUAUGGUGCAUAA